AUGGGUCCUGACAUGAUAAGGCACGAGAUAGCGCCUGGCUCGUGGAGAGCGCAGACAGGACACGCCCCCUUAGCGUCCCAAGUUAGCCGUGAAUUAGCUAUAUGGGCUAUAUCGCAGCGAGAGUAACGCUCGCUGAGGCCUCGAAAAAAAUGUAUCGCUCCCUGAAAAAUUACCCUCAAAAGUUUUGUUUCUUUAAUAUGAUCCAUUUCAUCAUUAAAGUCAAAAAUGAAGCUAAAAAUAGUUUUUUGAGCAGGAGCACAAGGAAAACGUGAACAUCGACGAGCGGAACUCGGACGCUCAUCCAGAUCAGUUGAUGAUCGACGUUACCACAGAGGUCAACGACAUUUCGCAAAUUUAUUCAUUUUAACUCACUUUUUGACUGUAAACGAAGUUUUAUUGUAGUCUGUGUGCCAAGACUUGGAAUUUCACCGAACGACGUUCCGCUGUUCCUCUGCGUCGCGAAGCGUUUUUGCGAGCAUCGGUUUCAUUUGAAUUGGUUCUCAUUUUUGAUAGAUGGACUGUUCCACUAAGGACACGUGUUGGUCGAGUUCCUAAAUAAAAUAAAUAAUUGAGGGCGCGGCCGAGCACGCAGCGGAACAACGGAAUGUCGUUUGGUGAAAUUCCAAGUCCUAAUACACAGACUAUACUCAUUUUGAAUUAAAACACGCAUUGGAGUAUAUUUUAUUAAUUUUUUAAAAAAAUAUAAAAAAAGUGUUCGAAUUAAUUCCGCUGAAUCCAAAGUUACCACUGAUUCUCCAAAAAUUUUUUUCAUUCUGGCGUGAUGGUUUUGGGUUUCACGGAAACACAUAGAAAACGGCAUGAAUCACGAGAAUUUUUCAACUUUCUUUUGUUAGGCCAUCAAAUAUUCGAGCUCACCGAGUUCGAGUGCAUCUACCCUGUCUUCAACAGCGAUUUCCACGCAUUGGUAAUUUUUCCAAACUUAUUUUUCAGAGUAAGCUUUUCUCAGGCAUCACGCGUACGCCUGUUUAAGGCGGCCGGUAGGAUUACGGUAGUCAGGAUAGGUUUUUUCGGUUUCAAAAUGAAAGCGUAUGUACUUUUUGUGGCAUACUUUAUCUUGUAACCUCAAGAAGUAGGUUCUUAACAAGUUGCGAAAAAGAUAAAACAUAAAAAAAAUGUCCUGGUUCCGAAACUGACGGCGCAAUAUUGACCGGCCGCCGCAGCAUUGUCUUAAACAUGCGUGUAUCGUAUACGAUACGGUAAUUGGUUAAACUACUGUGACGAGGAUAAAUGGACCGUUCAAGUGGUCUAGUGCUGGUCAGUAGCACCCGUUGGGCUAACAGGUUUGCGAAACGAUGCUAAUGUCGAUCACCCGGUGUUUUUUUCAACGUAACGAGUGAUCGCCUCGACCUCAACCGGAGCUCGGCGUGUGAAUUGGGCGUUUGCCUAGUUCCGCUGGACUUAAAAAGUGGCCUAAUCGCGGCUAAAAAAAUUGCGUUUCUGGUGCUCGGCUGAGGUUAAACGGGUGAUUGGCGAUAGCUCCCUCGGGUGCUACUCGCCAGCACGCGAGUGGUAAAGAUUUGAUUUUUAAGUGCAUCGUAACCGAAAAAAAUUUUUUUUGACCGCAAACACUUUCUGCUACAAUCCUAUUGGAAAUAGCGAUCUUAAGAAUUUCUAUCAUUUUCCCAAACUCAACGAGUAUUUUGUCUCCCAAAAAAACAUAAGCUUAUCAUAAGCAAAAAAACAAUAAAGCUUAAGAAAGAAUAUGUUUAACUAGGGAACUACUCGGACUCGGGUACGCGUUUCGAGUUGAAACUUUGGUGGCUUAUAGACCCGGGUAAGAGUACUUGGAAACAAGAGAGAUUAUCUGCUAAACCCCAUAGGCUUCUGAGAAAAAAAGCUUUUUUUGAAAAAUGAACAGUUUAGGCUUGAAAAAUUAUCAAAUUUCAGUUUUCCUUCUUCUUUUGGCUGGAAAAAAAGUUUUUUUAGAGUUUCUCAUAGCCGGAUAAUUCGAGGCGAUUGUAUUAAAAUAUUAAAUAAGGUAAAAAAAGCAGUAUUCUAAAAAAAUUUUCAAGCCUAAUUUUUCACAUCUCAGACCUUGAAAAACGCGAACGGGACGCGAAUCGGACGUGUCGGGGCAUUUCUAGUGACCACUUUAGUAGCCUCAGAACUCUUAAGGGAUCCCUAGAAUCGCCCAGAAACGUCCGGAGCACGUCCGUUUUGCGUUACCAAUGUCCGAGAUUUUCUACUAAUUUUUUCUCAGUUCUCUAUUGGGAAUAUAUUCUCAUUUGUUUUCAAGUCUUCUGACUGAGGUCUAUAAACCACUGAAGUUUCAACUCGAUCCGCGUACCCGAGCCCGAGUAGUUCCCUACUCAGUUCGUGAACAGGGUGUUUAGUAGCUUUGGGUUUGAGUAAUAUAAUUGAUUACUCAAAAACUGAACUUCAAAUCGAGUCGGGGUCAUCGUCUUUGCAUUCAGGCGGCAGCAACGAAACGCAUCAGCUGAUGGCCAUCACCCAGGCCGGCGUUUGGGAAGUCGAAGCGCACAGGAUUCUCUACGACGUGCCCAACUCGGUCGAGGCCAUGACCAUCUGCAAGUUCAAGCCGACGCCCAGUAUGAAAAGUAAAUUUCUCGUGUCUUUUUGCAAGCGAAUUUAG